AUGCUCGCGGAGAUGCAGGAGGAUCGCUCAGCAAUCGGGGGUUGGCCAGCUUCCCAAGGCGAGGAGGCCUCUUGGCUGGAGUCGUUCUCUUCACCGUGGUUCCUGGACGCAGGGGAGCCCCUGCUACCUUUCUGGACUGACGAAAGCGAGAAAUCAGAUCAUGUGGAUGCAAUCCUGGAAUUCCACACAGAGCCAUGCGCGGACUUUCAGCGCGGCUUUUGUGCCAAGCAUGGCAUUCGGGGCAAGGCACUCCAAUGCAGAGGCUUCCACUUUGAUUCGCAGCGCCGUCGGAAGCCUGUGGAUCCCGCAACUGGUCAGCUGACGUACUGGGAAGUCCCCUGCCCAUCCUGGAGUGUUGAAAUGGGCUUCUGCUGCCUAGCAGGAGAUGCUUGUCCAUUCGCUCAUGGCCGAGAAGAGGUGUCUUACCAUCCUGCGAAGUACAAGACCCGGCCUUGCAACGGCACCGAUUGCCGCGGCGAGGGAGCAUGCUGCUUCGCUCACGAUGAAGCGGAGAUGAGGCAAGGUGCUCAAGGACGAUACUCGUACUUUGUCUUGGCAUCGUCGAAGGGGCGAGCCCUCAGUGGCUCUCGAGUUCCUGUUUCUGAAACAGGCUGCAGGCGCACAGACCCGGGCGUGCGGACAGGUGGGACUCUGAAUACAAGAGCCCGCUUUUGUGCCUACUAUCCGCAUGUCGGCCAAUGCCGGCGUGGCUCCUCCUGCUCCUUUGCGCACUCUCGAGAGGAGGUUCAAAUCCCGCUGCUGUCUGUCGCGGAAGAGGAGCAUGAGGAGAGUGCCAUGACUCCAGACUUUUUUACCAGGAAGUUCAAAACCCUGUGGUGUCCAAUCGGCGCGCAGCACGAUUGGCAAAUUUGUGUCUACGCGCACACAUACCAGGAUGCCAGGCGUCAGCCAUCGAUCGGCUAUGGACCGCAGCCAUGCCCCUUCUGGGGCAAGAAGGACACUCGAGUCGCCUACUCUCAGCGUUGUCCGCUUGGACUUCGAUGUCCCUAUGCACACGGUGCAAAGGAGCAGCUGUAUCAUCCGAAGUACUUCAGGACUGUCACCUGCCGAGACAUGCAGAUGAAGGGGUGCCCGCGCCAACGACUCUGCGCUUUCUACCACCGAAGAUCAGAGCAUCGGAAGCAGACUGUGGACAUGCACGACUACGACCGUCCUCUUCCAGAAGAGGCCAUUGAUGCUGAAUGGGCAGAGAAGUUUUUGAAUCCGCCCAUCUUCCAAGACGCAGAAGACGAGGCCGACUUCAUGUGGCGGUGCACUUAUCUGAAGCAUUCAAUUAGAUUUGGAAGUUUUACUUGCAGAGGUGUCAACCCUGAUAACUUCUGGGAGGCAGCUGCAGGCGUGAGUUUCGCAAAUGCACAACUUUCCGGGCCUUCACUGCCUUAUCCAGCCAGAAGCUCUGGCAGAACGUUCUACCAGUAA